AUGAGCGGAUUUAGCGUUUUCUUAAUUUUUUUUUUGCAUGUCUUACACUACUCAGUUAUUCGCACGAAAAUACCAAUUGAAAAUCCCCCUUUUAUAUUCAACAGCAGCGAUGAAAAUGAAAUGAGAAUGUUUCUUGACAAUGAAAUACCAAAAGAUGAUACACUAAAACAUCCAUAUUCACAAGAUGUUACUCUUGAGAAUUUCCCAAACCCUUUUAUUCAUCCUUCUUUAUGCAAUAGAAGUGGGUUAAAAUAUUCUUACAUAUGCGACCCAAAUAAAAUACUAUCAAGGAAUAUAGCGGAUAAAGUUGAGGAGAUUUUAAGCUACCAAAGACGCAACUCUAGUCACUACUGCAUGGAUAAGGGAGAAGUGCCUUAUGUUUUAGGUGUGGCUUUGAUAAAAAAAUUACCUUAUGGAAUUAGUGCAGACAUGUUCGGUAACCAAAUAUUAGACUACUGGAAAUUAGGAAAUAAAAAUUGUAACGAUGGAAUUUUACUUCUUUUUGUAAAAGAUGAUGCAACCUUUGAAUUAAAAUGGAAGAAAGGAGCGCAGUCAAUAAUAAAUUUCAGAACGGCCACGUCUAUGAACAAGUCCUUUAACCAGAACAUACGAAGAUACUCACUAGAACAUUCUAUAUUAAGGGCUGUGAAAUUAACAUCGCAGUACCUCACGGGGGAGAUAAUUCCACCAACGCAAACGACACAAAUGGUUGUCGCUCUAACUAUUGCUAUUGUAGUAGGACUAGGUUACCUUGCUUGUAUCUUAAUAGUUUUCGCUGAUGCUCAGAAAUGA